AUGGCUGACGCUUUGAAGGCUGAAGGCAAUAAGGCCUUCUCGGCCAAGGACUAUCCGACUGCCAUUGAGAAGUUCUCUCAGGCUAUUGGCAUUGAACCCGAGAAUCACAUCCUUUUCUCUAACCGCUCCGCCGUUUACGCUGCUCAAGCCGAGUACCAAAAAGCCCUUGAUGAUGCCGAGAAGGCCAUCUCUAUCAAGCCCGACUGGUCGAAGGGCCAUGCCCGAAAGGGAGCUGCCUACAAGGGACUUGGAGAUCUCUUGGCCGCUCACGACGCAUACGAGGAGGCAUUGAAGAUCGAGCCCGAAAAUGCACAGGCCAAGUCUGGUUUCAGCGCCGUUCAGCGCGCCAUUAACGCUGAGGCUACUGCUGAUGGUGUCGAGGGUGACCCAUCUGCUGGCCUCGGUGGCAUGUUCAACGAUCCAGCACUUUACCAGAAGCUGGCCAACAACCCCAAGACCGCUCCUCUUCUGGCUGAUGCUGAGUUCAUGGCUAAGCUCAAGAAGAUCCAACAAAACCCCAACAGUGUCGGUGAGGAGAUUCGCGAUCCUCGUUUCCUGUCAGUGAUGAGUGUCCUGCUUGGAAUUGAUAUGAACUUCGGUGGCGAGGGUCCCUCCCAGGAUUCCCCCAUGCCCGAUGCCAAGCCUGCUGCUCAGCAACAGCCAAAGAAGGAGCCUACCCCCGAGCCUGAGCCCGAGGAUGAAGAGGCUCUUGCUAAGAAGAAGGCCAAGGAGGCUGGUGAUGCCGAGAAGAAGAUUGGAAACGACUUCUACAAGAAGAAGGAAUUUGACCAGGCUAUCGAGCACUACGAGAAGGCCUGGGAGCUUCACAAGGACAUUACCUACCUGAACAACUUGGGUGCUGCUAAGUUCGAGAAGGGUGACUACCCCGGUGCCAUCGAGGCUUGCCAAAAGGCUGUGGAGGAGGGUCGUGAUUUGCGAGCCGACUUCAAGACAAUGGCCAAGGCGUUCACUCGUAUUGGAAGCACUCACGAGAAGCUGGGUGAUCUCACCCAGGCCAUCGAGUUCUACAACAAGUCUCUUAUGGAGCACCGCACACCAGAGACCCUGACCAAACUGCGCAAUGCCGAAAAGACCAAGAAGAGCGCUGAGACGACCGCAUACGUGGACCCCGCUGAGGCCGAGAAGGCCCGUGAGCUCGGUCAACAGAAAUUCCAGGAGGGCAACUGGCCUGCUGCCGUUGAUGCCUUCACUGAGAUGGUCAAGCGUGCCCCUGAGGACCCCCGCGGUUACUCCAACCGCGCCGCUGCCCUGAUCAAGCUGCUGGCAUUCCCUCAAGCCCUGACCGACUGUGACGAGGCUACCAAACGCGAUCCCAAGUUCAUCCGCGCCUACAUGCGCAAGGGUGCGGCUCUCGUUGCUAUGAAGGAGUACAACCGUGCUCUGGAUACAUUCACUGUGGCCGCUGAGCACGACGACGGUACCCACGCCCGCGAAAUUGAGCAGCAGCAACAGAAGUGUCUGGAUGCACAAUUCAGUGCUCGUGCCGGCGAGACCGAGCAGCAGACCAUGGAACGCAUUCAGAGUGACCCCGAGAUUAUGUCUAUCCUCCAGGACCCUGUUAUGCAGAGCAUCCUCCAACAAGCUAAGAGUGACCCCGCUGCGCUGCAGGAGCACAUGCAGAACCCCCAGGUGCGGAUUAAGAUCCAGAAGCUGAUGGCUGCUGGUGUGAUCCGUAUGGGACGGUAA